AUGGAUUCCGCAGACACGCAAUACCUCUACCGAGAGACUCGUCUCAACCUCGAAGCGGCUUCUACGUCGUCUAUCGUCAAUAUCCGCGUUCCCUCGCUGACAUCCAACGGCAGAGGCGCAAUCCGCAGACUGACCAACGGGAACAGCGGCAAGAAUGUGAGCGAAGAUGAGGUGGCUUUCCGACUUAAGAACCUCGCUGCUGCCUCGUCGGUCUACCACAGAAAAUGGCACGAUGCACCGCGCAGCUUCCUCUGGAGGUUGCUCGAGGACGGCUUGGUAUUGAGCCUUCGUGUGGUCGAUACCUGUCGCCAAGAAAAGGCGGCGGAUGCGCCCCUUACGCUCAACUUCAGAUUCUCGGUACCGAUCCAACCGUCCUGCAUCGCCUUCGCCGACCCCCGCGAACACGAUGCGCUCUCGAUGUUCGUCCUCGACGAGUCUAGCUCUCUCUACACAUUUACUCUACGACCCGAUUUUUUCAGGAAGCGCUCCGCGAUUGAGACUGGUCCAGGCGAUGCUUGCAAGGCUUACCAGCCAAAGGUCUUCGGUCUGAAGCAUCCGCACCGAAUGGUCGCAGCAAGCCCCGAUCAGGUUGUCAUUUCCCUCUACGAUGGUGGCCUUGUGAGGCUCGAUAAGAACAAGGCUCAAGACUCCGCCAGCAACCCGUGGAAAGAGACGAUCUAUAACUCCCAAGGUUGGGCGCAGGGAAUCCGCAACUUCCUCCCUUUUAAGCAGAACAACUCUAUUCGAUACCACAACAUGUCCAUGGACGCCAGCGCGGCCACAUCGAUACAGGUCACGGACCUGGGCUUGGAUGAUGCCGCCUUCCUGUUUACUGUCUGCCUCGACCACCGCAUGCGGAUUUGGAACUUGCGGACCGGACAAAUCCUUUUCACCGGAGACAUCCUGAACGCUGACCGCAACCCUCAAGAGAUGGGCAAGUGGCAGAUUGAUCCAUCUCAAUCAAACCUGCUGCAGCUCGUUGGCGAUGGCCGGUAA